CUAGCCUGUGUAGCUACAAGCCAGCUAGACAACUGUAAGCUAGCAUAGAUAAAUUAGACAAAGAAAGCUUGAGAAGAGACUGAAUGAAAAAGGGUUCAAAGUAACGGACGGUGAAAGGAGCAGGUGCAACAUAAAGCUAUAUGCGUUAUACGAUAUAUAUGGGAGUAUAAAAAUCAAAGAGUGUAGCAUGAAGAUGGGGCCAUGAAGGACUCUGUGACAACUUAAAGCAACUGUUUCUUUAUAUAUUUCAAGAAUUGAAGAGUUCUUCAAGGACGUGAGUGAGUGGUUCCACAAAGCCAGUGAUGUCACGGGUUCCCACCCCUCCUCCUCCCGGGGAGAUGUCAAGUGGACCUGUGGCAGAGAGCUGGUGUUACACACAGGUCAAAGUUGUGAAGUUUUCCUACAUGUGGACAAUAAACAACUUUAGUUUUUGCCGAGAAGAAAUGGGGGAAGUGUUGAAGAGCUCAACCUUCUCUUCUGGCCCUAAUGACAAAAUGAAAUGGUGUCUGCGAGUCAAUCCAAAGGGACUUGAUGAUGAAAGCAAAGAUUAUCUGUCAUUGUAUUUACUUCUUGUUAGUUGUCCAAAAAGUGAAGUCAGAGCAAAAUUUAAGUUUUCGUUGUUGAAUGCGAAAAGAGAGGAGACAAAAGCAAUGGAAAGCCAAAGAGCAUAUAGAUUUGUUCAAGGCAAAGACUGGGGCUUCAAAAAAUUUAUAAGGAGAGAUUUUCUCCUCGAUGAAGCUAAUGGACUCCUACCAGAUGACAAACUCACCCUUUUUUGUGAGGUUAGCGUCGUCCAGGACUCCGUUAACAUUUCUGGCCAGUCCAACAUGAACAUGUUGAAGGUACCGGAGUGUCAGCUCUCCGAUGACUUAGGAAACCUGUGGGAGUGUUCGCGUUUCACAGACUGCAGCCUCUAUGUGGGAGGGCACGAGUUCAAAGCCCACAAAUCCAUCCUCGCAGCAAGGUCACCAGUCUUUAAUGCGAUGUUUGAACAUGAAAUGGAGGAAAGUAAAAAGAAUCGUGUUGACAUCAGUGACGUGGACCCGGACGUCUUUAGGGAAAUGAUGGGUUUCAUCUAUACAGGGAAAGCACCGAACCUGGAGAAAAUGGCAGACAAUUUGUUGGCAGCUGCAGAUAAAUAUGCUCUGGAGCGUUUAAAGGUCAUGUGUGAAGAGGCCUUGUGCAACAGCCUUUCAGUGGAGAAUGUGGCCGACACCCUCAUCCUGGCUGACUUGCACAGUGCCGAGCAGCUCAAAGCACAAGCCAUAGAUUUUAUCAACAGGUGCAGUGUCCUGAGACAGCUGGGCUGUAAAGAUGGAAAGAACUGGACUAGCAAUCAUGCCACAGACAUAAUGGAUACUGCAGGCUGGAAGUCAAUGGUCCAGUCCCAUCCUCACUUGGUAGCCGAAGCCUUCCGUGCCCUGGCUUCAGCACAGUGCCCACACUUUGGUCCUCCACGGAAGCGUCUAAAACAGUCCUGACUGCCCAACUUUGCCCCAGGACUUUACUGGAGGUGAGAAGCAUGGGUUUACAAAGGAAGGACUAGUGAGGUUACCACUCUUAUUUCCACCAAAACUGAACACACUUGAAUACAGAAGAGUGGAGCUUUCUGGCCAGAGAUGUGGGGAGGCUGGCACAUGGAAGGCUGACAUCAAUGGAUUGGAAAAAAAAAUAGAUUCAAUUGGUGUUGCUUGCUUGCUUUGCUGCCCCAGCUGAACUCUCUUCAGCCUGGGUAGCAAGCCAAGCUCUCUGCUACAGUUUUUUUUUCUUGUAUUAUUCAAAAUGGCCUUAAUAUAUCUGCCAUUGCUCUAGACUUGGUCUAGAGUACUUAGUCUAUUUUACUCUGUGCCUGCCUUGUCACAAAGACCAGGCCUCCUCCAGGUUGCACUAGUUCCCAUGUAUAGUCAUUUUGAUAUGGAGUUCUAUAGGAACGUAACAAAGGUUUAACUAAAUGGGAAAUAUUAUAUAUUUGUAAUGUUUAGCCCGUUUUGUGACUAGACAUUAAAGCAUGAACACUCAGUGGUCAAGGUCAGUUCUUUACACUUUUUAAAAGAUGCAUAUGCCCCAUAUUGAUGGCACCAUUUCUAUGUAAAUGACAGUUGAACCAUCUUCAGAAGACCAAUGUACAAGAAAGUCUGUUCUAUUGCAUAUUUGUGUGGGAAAAGUAGUAGUAUGCCAUAAAAGCAGUGUCAAUCCAUGUAAGACGGAAAAGUGUUGACGCUUUGGCCUAAACAUAAUGAAACAUUGGAGGUAUGUGGAAGUGAAAACUCAGUCUCUUAUUUAAACAACAUAUUCCAGAUCAUACAUCUGUGAACUGUUAUAGAUUCAAUUUUGAGAAUUUGUUUCUUUUUAAUAUUGCCAACUUGCGAUUAUAUAUUCAGUAUAUUGUGGUUAACUAAAAGUGGAGAGACUAAUGCAUGGUCAUGUUAAUGUCAAAAGAAAUUGUCCAAGUACCAAUUUUGUUUUUAACAUUUUUUUUUCCUCUGCAGUUAUCUGACAUAUUUGUGCAGAAUGACAUGAAUUGAGUACGUGCAAAUUUUUCCUCUAACAUGCUUGGAUAUCUGUAGGAUGCUGAGCAUCACUUCUACUGGCAAUGUUAUUGUGUGUUUGAAUGGGGGGGUUGUCAUGUUUACUCAGUCCGUCUCGUAUGUAGUGUGCUGUGACAGAUACGUCGGAGGAUUUUGUAAAUUAAGAGUAGCGUCAUUUUUACAUGAUAUUACUCAUCAUUCAGCGUCACGUUGAGAUGUUGAACCUUUGGAAGCAAAGAAAAAAAGGGGGAAAAAAGAUUAAGUCGUUGUCUGCAAGAAUGCCUGCAUUAACCCAUUAAAACAUUUUCCAGCA